AUGAGCACUUUCAGCGGACCCUCGGAGCGUAUUGUAAGUAUCCCUUUUAUCAAUAUUUUUCAGGUUUUAAUCCUAGACAGACGUGGACUGCAUCUAAAGCAUCAGUGGGAAGAUUUGAAGGAUCAAGUGAAAGAUUUUAUAACUAUGAAGAAGGAAUUUAAUCCCAACAACGAAUUUUAUCUUUGCGACUUGGGUGCAAAACUGGGUUAUCAUCCCCUCAAAGAUGGUGUAUGGAUGCCACUGGAUGUUGGUGAGCUAAAUAAAUUCCUCAAAACGGUAAAGCCCGUCGAAGUAGAUGAUGCGAUUACUGACCUGGAUGAACUCUUUGGCAUAAUAAAACAAACUCUGUGUACAACAGAAAAGGUUCUGCGCUUGAUUUUCAUUUACACCAGCCUUUCAUCCGUACCAGUGUGUCCUCGGUCAGUGUCCUUCUUAAAGGAUCAAGAGGCCUUCAUUGAUGUCAUCUAUUACGAAUGCCCUGUCCGCGAUGGGCAACAAAGCAACAUACUACGCGUUUCAAAUGGCCACGGUGUGGUUGCCCUGCCUAUAGGCUUCAGCGACGUCAACUAA